AUGUCACUACCUACUUACUUAUUCAAAUCAAAAUUAUUAUAUAAAAAUAUACUACUACCUUAUAGUAAAUUAAAAAUACCUAAUAGAAAAUUAUCAUCAUAUUUUGAAGGUGCAAGAAAUUAUUUUCUUGGAUUUAAUAAUUCAGAAGAUGAAAGAAUAGAACCUGUUGAUGAAAGUAUACCAUUUGUACAAUAUCCAUUAUUUACAAGAGAUCAAUUAAAAAAAAUUGCAUCUGAUAAAUUUAAAUUUGAUUUUGGUUAUGCAUCAUUUGGUUUCCAUUCUGAUUCUAUUGUACCUUCAAUAAAUUCUUUAAGUGAUUUAACUGAUCCAACCCAAUUAAAUUCUUUAUUACCAAGAAGAAGACCUCAAGGUUCACCAAGUGAUACUUUAAGUAUAAAAGCUGGUGAUGAUACAAUGUUAGUUUCUCCUUCAGUUUUAGCUAUAGCUGAUGGUGUUAGUGGUUGGGAAAGUGAUGGAGAAUUAGCAAAUUCUGGUAUAUGGUCAAGAUCAAUUGUUGAAACUUUUAGUAGAUUAAUGACUGAAUAUAAAAUAAGUCAUACUCCUCAUCAUUUAAAAAGAAGAGAUAUUGAAGAAAUUUUAGAUGAUUCAUUUUUACAUACUUCUCAUUUAAUGGAUUUACAAAAAUUAAGUGGUUCAUCAACUUUAAUAUUAGGAAUGUUAAGUGGUGAUAUUUUAUUAAUGAUUAGUAUUGGUGAUUCAAAAAUUUUUAUAAUUAGAGAUAAUAAAAUAAUUUUAACAAAUAAAGAAGAAUCAAUGAAAUUUUGUCCAACUCAAAUUGGUACAAAUACUAUAACAACUAUGCCAUCAGAUUUUGCUUGGAUUGAUCUGUUUAAAUUAAAAGAAAAUGAUUAUAUAAUAAUGUGUUCAGAUGGUAUAACAGAUAAUUUAUAUGAAUGGGAAAUUAAUAAUUAUUUAAAUGAAUUUAUAAAUGUUAAAAAAAAUAAUUUAAAAACUGUUGCAAAUAAAUUAUUAAUAAAAGCAAAAGAAGUUGCUUUUGAUGAUUAUGCUUAUACUCCUUAUAAUGAAAAAGUUAAUUCAAAUCCUAAUAACAAAAAUAAUAGUCAAGGAGGUAAAGUUGAUGAUAUGUCAAUAGUUGUUGCACAAGUUAUAAAAAAUAAAAAAGAACAAGUAAAUAAUUAA